AUGAGUACUGUUUUAUUUUAUUUAUUUAUUUAUCUUACAGAUGUAUUAAUCUGUUGUCAAGCUGCAGUUUCAGAUCUACUGACUGAUCUGGGAUCAAAUGUGAUCAUAAACUGUGAUCUUGAUGAAAAUGAGGUUUAUUGGAUUUUACUGAAAACAGCAGAUCCUCCGACACUGAUUCUACGAACAUUUCCGACACCAAUACCUCCUCAUUACUAUAAUAAAACAUUCAGAAACAAAUAUUCAGUGCAGUUUAAACAUCGUCUGGUUAUUAAUAAUGUGACUGCUGAUGAAUUAGGAGUUUAUUACUGUAUGAACACACGCACUCCUCCAAAACUCAGUAACAGCACAAGAAUAUACUUCACCGAAACAUUUAAUCAAACUGAGUGUCACAAUCACACAGUUCUGCAGAUUAUUGAUCAGAAUCAAACACAGUGGAAGAUUAUUAGCAUCAUAUCUGCUCUGAUGAAUGGACUUCUGAUCAUUGUGGUGAUUGGUGAGUUACUUUCAGCCAUCUGUAAAAAUAUCACUAUGAUACUUUUUCUGUAUGCUAAGCUUCACCUCACGAUCACUAUUGCACAGACUCUGUCUCCAAAUGACAUCAUCAGGAACUCAGAGGGCACUUUAAGAUAA